CACACAUAAGCAAGCUGCAUUGCCUUUGCACAGCCCUUAUGUUCGCCCGUCCGUUAUUUGCUUACUCACGGACACGCAUUGCCUGUGUUACGCCAAGAAUAACCUUCACGAGCUUCAAGCCAGGAGACGUACGCCUUCUCUCCACAUCAUCGAAACCCAAAGCUAUGGCGGCUUUCUCGCAUCUGAUCCGGUUCGAAGCCGAUGAUGGGAAGACUUACUAUGGUGACUUGACAAAACAGACACCGACAAGAGAGAUCCAAGGCAAAGAAGUUGAGGUGCUCGAAGGCGAUGUGAAGAGCGGUUUCAGCAAGAAGGGCAGCAAAGCCAAAGUAUCGAAGCUGCUAUGUCCGCUGCCUACCACGAACAUCAUCCUUUGCGUCGGUCUGAAUUACAGACAGCAUGCCGAAGAAAGCAAUCUCACAAUUCCAUCCAACCCAGCCGUCUUCAUGAAGCCCAGCGAUGCUCUCGCCGGACCUCUGGACGACAUCCCAAUCCACAAGGACUGUCAGAGCAAUCUGGAUUACGAAGGCGAGCUCACCAUUAUUAUCGGCAAAGACUGCAAGAACGCCACCAAGGACAACUGGCAAGACUAUGUCCUCGGCUACACAGUCGGCAACGACGUCAGCGCACGCAACUUCCAGCUCCCCGUCACCGUCUCGGGCGGCCAAUUUGGUUAUGCAAAGUCCUUCGACAAGUUUGCGCCCAUUGGGCCCUGCAUUGCGAGCAAAGAGGUCAUUGGCGACCCGCAAAGGUUGAGGUACUGGACUAAGGUCAACGGUCAGAAGAGACAGGAGACUGGAACAGAUGAUAUGAUUUUCACUGUUGGCGAGAUUAUACAGCAUCUCAGUAGGGGCACCACUUUGAGGGCGGGCACUGCGAUCUUGACGGGUACGCCGAGUGGAGUUGGACUGUUUAUGGAGCCAAAGGGGUUCGUGAAGGAUGGGGAUGAGGUUGAGAUCUAUGUCGAGGGGAUUGGUAGUAUCAUCAAUAAGAUGAAAUUCGAGUAGGGUGGUAGGACGCAAUGUCAUUCAGAGUAAGUUCGAAUGGGACUGUGUGCGUGCAAACGCUGCUGACUGGCAAGCCAAUGGAUAGCGAUGAUCUUGUCGAGGCGAUCGCGCU